UCAUUACAAAAGAAGAUGAAACCCAAAGCACACGUCGGCGUUGCCUUCGGAUCCAAGCUUCUCAAACCAUGCAGAAAACUCCUCCUCGUCUUCAGGCUCAAGAAGGUCACCAUAAGAAGACCGCGAGCAUCUCCCCGUCACACAGCAUCGAAACGAGCCUCCUGCCUCAAAAGGCUCAUACCCAUCUCCGCCUUCGUUUCGGUCGUCCGUUCCCUGAAGAAGAAAAUGAGCGGGAGAGGCAGGCUCAAAGAGGGCAAUGCCAAGGGCAGUAAGAUCAGCAAACUGCUCUCUGCGUCGGCUAUGUCGUAUUCCAGACGCGAGAGGCUGCUGUUUCCCUCGCCGAUCACGCCGGCACCCUCUUCGGCAAUCAGCAACGCUCCCUUGAAGUCUUUGAAGAAGUGGGGUUGGGACAGCAACGGCGGCGACCACGGCGAUGGUGUCGACGAAUUGGAAGAUGCUUGCAGGAGCUUCGAGAGUUACUUGGUGGGAAUGAUAGUGGAAGAAGGGAAAGUGAGGGAUCUCAUGGACGUGGAGGAGCUCCUCUUCUGUUGGAAGAACCUCAAGUGCCCCGUUUUCGUCGACUUGGUCUCUCGGUUCUACGGCGAGCUGUGCCGGGACUUGUUCGCCACCACCGACGAUGACAAGGUCGACAGUGUCAGUUACUAGUAAGGUUUCGUUGCUGCGGCGAUGGAAUAAGGUUGGGAUGCCAAAGCGAUGCGAUUGUGAUAGAGUUGAAGGAAAACGAGAAACAUUAUUUCAAUUGUCAGUAAACAAGAUCAAGAUGGUUAACACUA